AUGUCUGGUUUGAAAAUCAAUAUCAAGAAGAAAGCUGGACCCAAGAAAUUACUCAAGCCAGAUACAACUACCGACUCAAAGACGUUGAUUGAUUCGUACACGGCCUCGGACACUCAACUUAAAGAGGCUGAAAACUGGGUCAUAAAACCCAAAAAGAUUAGUCGUUCAAUUGUGCAACCACAGCAACUCAAAGAAGAAGAGCCAGGUGAGAAGCUAAAGUAUGGGGUCACCACUUUUAAAAGAUCCGAACUGGUGCAAUCAUCAUCAUUGAUUAGAAAGUUGACUUAUGAGUCAGACUCGGACUCAGACGAAGAUGAUGGUAAUAAAAAGAUUCCUGUUGAAGAAUUUGGCGCCGCAUUCUUACGAGGCUUGGGAUGGGAUGGAAAGAAAGAUGACGAUGACACCUAUGAAGAAGAUGUUAAAAAUCGACAGCGAGGAGUAACAUUAGGAAUUGGUGCCAAACCCAUUGACAAUGAUCUAGCUAGAGAAUUACAAAAUCAAGUUGGUGAUGUACCUUUGGUGAAGCGAAGAAAGAAAAGUUAG